CCGCUGAACGGACACGAGCACUCUCCUCUUUGCACCAGCCGCUCAAUCACACACACGCGCGCACGCACACACACCUCCGAUUAGAUGGUUUUGACUGAAGCGUGUGUGUGCUGAAGCUGGAGUUUGUGUUGAAGUAGCCGAAGCGGAUCUCCAUCACCAUCAUCAUCAUCAUCACAGCAGCAUCAAGAAUGUCUGAAUACAGCUCUCUGCUGAGCGACCUGUCGGAGAACAUCACUAAUGAAGACCUGGAGCAGCUGAAGUCGGCCUGUAAGGAGGACAUCCCUGAGGAGCAGAGCAACUCCAUCGCCUGCUCCAGAGACUGGUUCAGCUACCUGGAGAAGAAUGACAAACUGGCAGAAGAUAACCUUUCCUACAUCGAGCACAUCUUCGAGAUCUCGCGGCGACCCGACCUGCUGACUCGGGUUAUCGAGUACCGCACGACUGUACUGAAGAUUUCUGAAGACGACGAGAUCGACACCAAACUCACACGCAUCCCGUCUGCAAAGAAAUACAAGGACAUCAUUCGCCAGCCGUCUGAAGAUGAGAUCAUCAAACUGGCUCCGCCGCCCAAAAAAGCAUGAGGUCAAAGUACUUGAUCUCCGCUCAUCAUCCCUGGCACCUCAUCAUCACAAGCCACGCCCCCUGCCCCGCCCACUCCACCUCCCACCAA